AUGGGGAAUAAGGAGAAGGUGUCCACUACCCACCCCACCACCACCCCUCUCAACCUCAGUGUCCACUACCCACCCCACCAACACCCCUACCAACCUCAGUGUCCACUACCCACCCUACCAACACCCCUCUCAACCUCAGUGUCCACUACCCACCCCAUCAACACCCCUCUCAACCUCAGUGUACACUACCCACCCUACCAACACCCCUCUCAACCUCAGUGUCCACUACCCACCCUACCAACACCCCUCUCAACCUCAGUGUACACUACCCACCCCAUCAACACCCCUCUCAACGUCAGUGUCCACUACCCACCCCACCAACACCCCUACCAACCUCAGUUGUACACUACCCACCCCAUCAACACCCCUCUCAACCUCAGUGUCCACUACCCACCCCACCAACACCCCUACCAACCUCAGUGUACACUACCCACCCUACCAACACCCCUCUCAACCUCAGUGUCCACUACCCACCCCACCAACACCCCUAUCAACCUCAGUGUCCACUACCCACCCCACCAACACCCCUCUCAACCUCAGUGUACACUACCCACCCUACCAACACCCCUCUCAACCUCAGUGUCCACUACCCACCCCAUCAACACCCCUCUCAACCUCAGUGUCCACUACCCACCCCACCAACACCCCUCUCAACCUCAGUGUACACUACCCACCCCACCAACACCCCUCUCAACCUCAGUGUCCACUACCCACCCCACCAACACCCCUCUCAACCUCGGUGUACACUACCCACCCCAUCAACACCCCUCUCAACCUCAGUGUACACUACCCACCCCACCAACACCCCUCUCAACCUCGGUGUACACUACCCACCCCAUCAACACCCCUCUCAACCUCAGUGUACACUACCCACCCCACCAACACCCCUCUCAACCUCGGUGUACACUACCCACCCCAUCAACACCCCUCUCAACCUCAGUGUCCACUACCCACCCCACCAACACCCCUACCAACCUCAGUGUACACUACCCACCCUACCAACACCCCUCUCAACCUCAGUGUCCACUACCCACCCUACCAACGCCCCUACCAACCUCAGUGUACACUAACCACCCCAUCAACACCCCUCUCAACCUCAGUGUCCACUACCCACCCCACCAACACCCCUACCAACCUCAGUGUACACUACCCACCCUACCAACACCCCUCUCAACCUCAGUGUCCACUACCCACCCCACCAACACCCCUACCAACCUCAGUGUACACUACCCACCCUACCAACACCCCUCUCAACCUCAGUGUCCACUACCCACCCCACUAACACCCCUAUCAACCUCAGUGUCCACUACCCACCCUACCAACACCCCUCUCAACCUCAGUGUCCACUACCCACCCCACCAACACCCCUACCAACUUUAG